ACCACACGACCACACCUCUAGCCGCACCCGGCUACACGAUGUUGAGCUCCUUUUUGUUCAGCACCGUUGCCGUGUUGCGGCCAUCCCUGAGGAUGCGCGUAGUUUAUGUAUCCAUCGUGGCAUCACUCCUGCUCAGCUUUCUGAGUAUCCAAGCUGUUGAUGCUGCCAGCGGGGAGGCAGGACUACGUGUAGGACUUCAAGGCACAUGGCGAAGCUUCGGGGACUCUCUACGCUCUGCCAGGCCGCAUUUGAUCGCUGCUGCAGUAGCAAGAUGUGCAAGCAUUACUGCUGGCUACCCACUAGACACGAUAAAGACGCGAUUGCACCUGGGCAGAGCAGCUGCGGCGACGUCGAUUCCCGACAUGUACAGAGGACUGGGUAGCUCUCUCGCUGGACAGGUGCCAUACGGAAUGCUGACCUUCGGAACGUACGAGUUGUACAAGACGGCUUUGCUGGAGAGAUUCCCGCAACUUCCACGGGCCAUCACGUUUUGCUUGGCCGCGGUUCUUGGGGACAUGACGGGUAGCCUUUGGCUCGUGCCUUCCGAAGUGGUCAAGGUGCAAAUGCAGGGAGGCCUUCACGCGACCGUCGGCCAAGCGGCGAUGUCUAUCUUUAGGAAGUCCGGCGUUGGCGGCUUCUACCAAGGCUUCAGCGGGCAGGUGGGGCGUGACGUUCCCUUCCGAGCCAUCCAGCUCACCUCGUACGAGCUCCUACGGACGCUGCUCAGGACGUGGCGAAGACGGCAGCAUACAGGAGUAGCGACCGACCGCGGUGAUGACAGCGGCGGUGUUCCCGUAGGGAGGGCUCGAGGCGGCGCGGCGAUGGCAGCAGCGGGGGCUGACGGCGAGCACGCGGCGCUUUCUUCGGGAGAUGCCGCGCUGCUCGGCGGACUGGCGGGAGCGAUCAGCGCGACGUUCACCUGCCCACUGGACGUCGUCCGCACGCGCUUGAUGGUCGGCGGCGGCAGCGGGGCGGCGGAGACUUGGGCCGCGGCCAUCAAGGCCGGGGGGCUGUUCUCGGGGCUAGGAACCCGCGUCUUUUACAUCGGCACGUCCAGCGCGGUCUUCUUUGUCGUAUAUGAGGCCAUCAAGGUUCGCCUCGGGGUAGUGGCGGCGUCGUCGCCACCGGCUGCAAUUAGUAAGGCGAAACGGCAGCAGUGAAUUCGUUGCUCGAUUGCUGAUAGGGUGAUCGUGCUUUGACGCGCGGAAGGUCGGUGGGCAGAGCAAAGUGUCCCGGGCGCGCCAACAAAGUGUUUUCUAGCAAGGCUGCAGGGUUUUGGGGUCGUUCAGGCACUCGGUGCUGAUGGCAGUUGAGGCGUCGUGGCCAAUACCCAAGCCAAGUGUGCACGAUCGCUUGUGUGUCUGUGUCUGCGAAAUCGAUGGAACCUGUUGUUGUCGACUUGUUUAUGUAUUGCAUGUCUAUCGAAUUUAGUUGGCUUCGGGAACACGUUUGUUUCGUGUACCCCCUCUCGAUGUUGGCAUAACCCGAGGAACAGCGGUGGUAUUGUAGCGCCAGAGUGUUGGCCCAUCCGCGCACACGCACGCAGAUGUACAUCUUCCGCGGUCCUCUUACAUUUUCGUUGUCUGUGUUCCUGAGGUACAAGAUAUGUGCCCGACAGAAAGUGAUGGCUGUGACAGGCAUAUCCGUCGCAUAUUUGCCUUUCAUAUGAUUUGCUACAUGUAGUUCCCCGAUAUGGUAUGUUGCUCGGUGCUGUUACUUCUGGCCUUUUGUUUUUUUCUCCUUCUUCGCAUGUAUGAAAAAACUCCGGCCUAGUAGCGAGGCAGACGGAUAUAAUCGUUCGAGUUGCUCUGAGUGGCGAUCUUUCCUUUUUUUGUUUGCCUCGCAUAUCGGGUGGGUGGGAGCAAUGGGCUCUCCUGUAUAUCUCCUUUGUCAGAAAAGUUGCCUACGACGUCUGGCUGCUGUCGGGGGCUGGCUGUAAUGUCCUGGUUCAAUAGCGUGUUUGUGUUGAUUUUCCUGGACCCCUGCAUCGUUGAUCUCCUUGAUUUUCACGGUGUACCUUCUCUUGAGUGUUUUGCGUAUGGCCGCGGAAGGCUUCCGCGUUAGCUGGACGACUGCAAGUGUUAGGUGUCGUUUAGGAUAACAUCGCGAGACGAUUUUGAAUGUAAAAGACAAAUAGCAACAUUAACG